UGUGGAGCAGCGGCGAGCCCAGUUCCUCGGGGCACAGGGAGGGCAGGCGGGCAGGCACGCAAGCAAGAGCCGGCGCGAUGGCGGAGAAGCGCGUGUCCCGCUGGUACUUCGGGGGGCUGGCCUCGUGCGGGGCGGCCUGCUGCACCCACCCGCUGGACCUACUCAAGGUCCAUCUGCAAACCCAGCAGGAGGUGAAGAUGCGCAUGAUGGGGAUGGCGGUGCGUGUGGUUCGCAAUGACGGCUUCAUAGCACUCUAUAAUGGGCUUAGUGCCUCCCUUUGCCGACAGAUGACGUACUCCCUCACCCGCUUUGCCAUCUAUGAGACCGUGCGGGACCACUUGAGCCAGGGUGCCCAGGGGCCAAUGCCCUUCUACCAGAAGGUGCUGCUAGGUGCAGUAGGAGGUUUCACGGGCGGGUUCGUGGGGACCCCAGCUGACAUGGUGAAUGUCAGGAUGCAGAACGACAUGAAACAGCCGGCAAAUCUGCGGCGCAACUACUCACAUGCUCUGGACGGGUUGUAUCGAGUGUUUCGCGAAGAGGGGUUGAAGAAAUUGUUUUCGGGGGGAACAAUGGCAUCAAGUCGAGGGGCCCUGGUUACUGUUGGACAGCUCGCCUGCUACGACCAAGCUAAGCAGUUGGUUCUUGGCACUGGUUUGCUCUCUGACAACAUCGUUACCCAUUUCUUGGCCAGCUUUAUUGCUGGAGGAUGUGCCACAUUCCUAUGUCAGCCCUUGGAUGUGCUAAAGACACGGCUUAUGAAUUCUCAAGGCGAAUAUCGGGGUGUCAUGCACUGCGCAAUGGAGACUGCCAAACUUGGACCAUUGGCUUUUUAUAAGGGCCUGGUUCCUGCUGGUAUCCGCUUGGUCCCUCACACUGUGCUCACCUUUGUCUUCCUGGAGCAGCUGCGCAAAUAUUUUGGGAUCAAAGUGUUGGCCUGAGGGAGAAAGGGUCUGCCUAGUUAGAGACAUAAAGCACGGCUGGGGAGAUGGGGGACAGGGGCCUGGAAAGUGGGAUUCCCCAAUCCCCAGGCACCAGACACGACUCCUUGUCAAGAUGCUGCUGUCCUACAGUGCCAUGGCACCAGCUGACGUCUCACAGAAUGCCCCUUUUCAGUGCCUGACAGUCUCACAAUUACCAGCCGACACCUCCGUAAUGUUUGGUGCCUGAUGGUGUAACAGCCAGCCAACUGGAAUUUUCUCCUUCAGUGCCCAAUAGCCAAUCUCCAGAUGCCUUUCUUCUGUGCCCAACCACCUCUGAAUGCCACCAUUCCUUGCCCAUUAGUGCCACAAUGCUGUCUCCCUCCAGUACUGUACUCCUGCUGAUCCCAUAGCAUUCCUCUCCUUACACUCGACAGCCACACCAUGCCCUUGUCUACAAGCCAGCAUUCCACCAACACGUCUGCUUUGUUUUCGACUUGUCUCGAGGGCCCUACAAGGCUACGGUGUUCCUCUUCUGUGCCAUGGGCGGUAACUGGCCCUGCCCACCACACAUGUUGUUUUCUUUUCCCCUCCUCUGCCUUCCCAGUCUCAUUUCCCUUUUGUGAUGUGCUGCCAUACCUUUGGGGAGAGGCAGUAACCUCCUCCUAGUCAUCUCGCCAUGCUGGCCACUCCUUUCUCCCUGAGUGGAAGUGUGUCUCCACACGUGGGAGCAGAAUCUUACUUGUAAUUUCUCUGUCCAUUUUCACUGUUUAUGGUUAGGCGUACGAGCUAGAAAAGGGAUUCUGGUAGCCACUGAGGACAGAUGAUAGCAAUACACCAGGGAGGCAGAAAUCUUCUUCCUCUUUGUCCCUCAGUGUCCCAGAUUCUUAAAACGUUUUUGAAAUAACAAAACUUCCCUCACUGUAUCCAGCCUGUGCCGUUUUCCCUACCUCAGUCGCCUCUUACCCUCAGGUCUAUAUCUGAGGAAAAAUGGUCCCUUGUAUUUACUGUCGGUGGCUAGAAGUAGCGUAGUGUUGCAGGCCUAGCACCUCUCGCCUCCUGCUUUCACAUUCAAACCUUGUUUUGCCAAAGCCUCCUGAAACCAAAGGGCCCCAUCCGGGCCUCCUACCAAUGAGAGCAGAGAGUAGGCCUCUGAGGUACUGCCAAUUAGCAAGAGGCCAAAUAAGUUCACCCAGGCAGAGAGAGCUUUCUAACUGCAUGUCUCUCCUGUAGCCCAGAUGAGCAGGAUUGUUGCCUACUUAAAUUCAGGGGUGCGAGCAAAGGAGGAUAGGGGGAGGGAGAUAGGCCGUAGGGAGUACCUGGAAUUGUCGUAAGUCAGUCCAGCACAAGGGAUAAUAUGGUCCAUAUAGACCUAUGGGAUGGGCUAAGGUUACCAGACAGGAGGCCCUCUAUUUACCCAGGCUACUUUAGUAGGGCCUCAUUUACGGCCUAGGUUUCCAUGUUGUGCCUGACCAACUUCUCUGGCAGUUCCUCUGAGCCUUUCGGUAGCAUUGGAGGAAGCCUAGAAGGCUGUGGAGUAUCCCUGGGUUGCCUUGCUUUACUGUGAUGUUGUUGAGACCCUGCUGUAGCAUUGAUUUGUUAUGCCUCUGGAUCUGGCCCAUCCGGACCCUGCCUAAUGAAGUGACGGUUGUGUCUGCUGUUUGUCCCUCCUUGCUGCUGCCUUGCAUUGCCCGUCGGCUCCCGCACCGGCACGUGGCAGGCCUCCUCGCCACAUGUGAAGUGUCAUUCCAGAGGGUGAUAACCCUGCGGGAUCUGAGAACCAGAGCCAAACGAUCAGCACUUUUGUAAUUAUGACAAUAAAGUAAUUGUGCAAAGCCGGUGUUGGUCUUUCCUAGAGGGCCAGCCCCUUUGAAACAGA